AUGGCCAAAAUACUCGGAGUGAUUUUCCUCUGUGGGCUCGCGCUCAUUAGUGCCUCGCAACCAAAAGAAAGCGAUGUCCUGCCGGAGUUCCAAAAACUAAGUCAACUCAGAUCCUUGGCAUUUGAGUUUGCAGGACGCAUUCAGGAUGUAAAACCCGAAGACUUAAACCUCCUCGAUACCCGAGCGGCAAGUCAGGAGGAUCUGCUGUGCCUCAGUGAUUUGGCCGCAUUUAUGACUGGUCUGCAAAGUGGUCAAUACUGGGCACUGAAGAUGCUAGAUGCCUGGGGUUCCAUACCUUCUGGCCUGCUCACUGGCAACAUGUACGAUCUGGGUCAGUUCGACGAGUGUCUCGCCAUCAAAAAGGACACCAGCCAGGGCAGAACCAUUCAGGGGAAGUACUGCUUUCUCUCAGUGUCGGCGGCGGCAGCGCUUGGAGUCCAGACCAGGAUGGUGGGAAAUUUCAAGACCGCCACCUGUUUUCCGGCCUCCUGUUCGGCGAGUCACAUGAACGCGUUUGUGGGCCAACUAGUGAAGCAGUUCCUGAAUACCACUUUCCCCAGCUCGGUCAUGAGUAUCAGCGAAAGCAGUUGCCAGACCAGCGAAAGUGAACCCUGGGAUGGACUCACCAUUUUUAUGAUAGUGAUGUUAUCGGUGAUGGGCGGCCUGGUAGCUUUGUUUACGUUGUGGGACUACUGUCUGGUCAAGAAUCAGGAUCAUCUCCCCACAAUCGUAAAGGUAUUUUCCGCGAGGGCAAACUCUAGAGCUCUAUUUCGAAUUGUGCCAGUUAAGUCGAAUCCGAAUGUUAUUGACUGUAUUAAUGGAAUUCGGUGCCUGUCGCUUAUGUGGGUGGUGUUCAGUCAUCAGUACAUCAUGACUUUAUUAUCGGCUGACAUAAAUAUUUUCCGUUUCGUUUCGUGGGCAGAGGCACCUUAUUCUAGUUUCAUUUUGCAUGGAUUUUACUCAGUGGAUUCGUUCUUUGUACUUGGUGGAUUAUUGGUGGCUAUGAUUCCUUUGCGAAUGAUGGACAAAACCAAGGGCAAACUAAACGUACCACUUAUGUACCUACAUCGAUUAAUCCGAAUUGUCCCACUUUUGGCCUUUGCUAUCGUUGUCCACAUGAAACUCAUGACUCUCAUAUCAGGCGGACCACUUUUUGCCAGUGGAUACUCAGGAAAGGCGACCUGUGAAAAUGGUUGGUAUUGGACUUUGCUCUUCGUGAACAACUAUACAAACAAUACGUGCAUUGGACAAUCUUGGUAUCUGUCCUUGGAUAUGCAGAUGUUCAUUCUGUCUCCGAUCCUGCUGUUCUCCCUCUACAAAUGGGGAAAGAAAGCGGCUGCUGGCAUCUUUGUUCUCAUUCUUUUACUAUCUGUCUGUCUUUUUACCACCAUAAUGGUCAACGAUUACUCGAUGAUUUUGAAGCAAUUUUCUUCUGAUGCCAACAAAGAUAUGUACUUUGCGACCCAUAACCAUGCAACUCCCUGGCUGAUUGGCUUCCUCUUCGGAUACUUUCUGCACUACAAUAAGGGAAGGAAAUUCCAGCUGAGUUGGAUGUUCGUGUGGGCGGGAUGGAUCCUCUGCCUGGCUAUGAUCUUCACCUCGAUCUUCGCCAUGUACCCGUAUGCCAAGUGGAGCGCCGUUCCUUUGUCCACCUUCGGGGAGGCCUCUUACUACACCCUCACCCGAGUGGGUUGGUCGAUGGCCGUUUGCUGGGUGGUCUUCGCCUGCAUGCAGGGAUACGGAGGACUGGCCAACAGCUUCCUCUCCUCCCCGCUGUGGCAGCCUCUCUCUAGGCUCUCCUACUCCAUCUACCUCUUCCACAUGUUCAUUCAGGAGAUGAACGCCAGAAACGGCAGGACGAAUGGUUACUUCUCAGACUACACAAUUAUGCGCAAUUUCUGGACAACCAUGGGAUUCUCAUGCUUGAUGGCUUACGUAAUGCACAUUCUCAUUGAGGCACCUUUUGGUGGACUGGAUCUUUUCCUGAGACCGAAACCCAAGAAUCCUGCCUUUGUCAAACAGAAAUCCCAAUUGGACAACGGACACAGUAAUCUUGAAGAAACUAAAGUACCGACUCCAACUUCUGCUGCGUAGAACGUGAUAUAAAGCUUGCGAAAUCUUAAUAGCUGUAG